UUCACAUCGUCUCCAUGGAGACUGAAGUAUCUCCAAGACGCGAAAGCUUCAUUUUGACUUGUUCUGCAUGUUAUAGCUACUAUUAAAUUAGCUUUGACGUGCUAAACAGCAUAUUAUUUAGAUAAAUAUGGGCAUUUCCCGAUAAUAACAACAACUCAAGAUACAUUUCUGACGAUAAACGAUGUUAACUGAAUUGAAAAAAACCUGUCUGACGUUUAAAAACCAUGACGGAUACUAAUGAGAUGUGUGCAACAAUCAUGCGGGAGCUGAAUAACUUGGUCAUCUCUGAUACGGAUGAAGGAGAAACUAAAGAAGAGCAGAAGAGCUUUUCAUUUCACGAAGAGGAGGCCUCAGAUGAAAUUCCUCAGUCACUUCUCAGCUACUUUGAAACUUCAAAAAGCAGAGCAGCAGUUUGUGAGAAGCUCAUCCUUGAGGAACUUGAAGAUCUCACUGCAUCACAUCACACUGAGGACAUGAGACGAGGAGACCUGCCUGCUGCACUUGAUGAGGUUACGUGUGGCACAGAAAAUGCGGAGAACAACACUUUCACUGACACCCGCCUUCUUCCUGCACCCACAGAGUCAGAGGCACUCUUCACUCACAAUGUGUCAGUGUGUCACAACAAAGAAGAUGAAGCUGGAACAGAUGAAUAUACAGAGUGUGAGCAACAUUUGGCACUGGACACGAGGACCCUCGAGAUCUCACUGAAUGACGAAGAGAGAAAGAAAAGCGAUGAAUAUGAGGUGGAACGAGAGAGGCAACACCGUGAGGAGAUGAAGAAGGAGGAGCGAAGGAGACAAAGAGAGAAGGACUUCCAGGAGGAGCUGAAGAAGAUAAUGGAGGCAGAGAAGCUCCAUCAGAAGGAGCUUGAGUUGAAGGGGAAGAGGGCUCAGGAGAAACUUGAACAGGAGUUGUCGAUUCAGCAGGAGCUGAUCAGCAACUUACAGAGACGAGUGGCCGAAGAAAGGAAGAUAAAGGAAGAGGAGUGGAAGAGAAUGAAGGAAGAGAAAGAGAAAAAAAAGAAGGCGGAAGAAGAAAGGAUCAAAAGGGAAGAGGAAAACAGGAGGAAAUUGGAAGCGUUAAAAAAUAAGAUAGAGGCAGAGAGGAAGAGGAUGGAGGAAGAGAUGAGGAGGAGGAAAGAGGAAGCGGAAAAGAGAAAAAUAGAAGAAAUUAGACUUAAGGAAGAAGAAGAGAGAAGAAAAAAGCACGAGUGGGAAAAGAGGGAAGUAGAGGAAAAGAGGAGGAUAGAGAAGGAAGAAAAUAAGAAAAAAGAAGAGGAAAGACACAAGAUAGAGUUGGAAAAGAAGAAGCUGGAGGAUGAGAUGAGAAGGAUGAAGGAGGAAGAGGAGAAGAAUAAGAGGAUAAAGAAGGAGGAAGAGGAGAGAAAAAAGGAAGAGAGGAGGAGGAGGCAGGAGGAAGAGAUGAGGAGACAGAGGGAGGAAGACGAUUACAGAAAAACACAGGAAGAAAUAAGACUCAAAGAAGAGAAGGAUGAGAAAAAAGGGUAUGAAGCAGACAACAGACAGAUGGAAGCUGACAGAAAAAACGAAGAGAAGAAGCAGGAAGAGGAGGGCAUGAGGAAAAUGGAAGAUGGGAGAAUAAAUAUAGAGGCAGAGAAGAGGCAGAUUGAGGAAGAAGUGAGAAAAAACAAAGAAGAAAACCUAAAAACAGAAGGAAGAAGACUCAAAGACGAGGAUGACAUCACAACGUUUAUAAUUCAGGAUGAGGAAAAGGCGGAAAAACUGAUUAGAGUGAAUGAGCUGCAAGAGAAGAAGAGAGAAAAUAAGAGUAGGAAAACUGAAAAUGAGAGAGAGAAUACAGAUAACACAGGGAACUCCCAGACCUCUUCCAGCUCUGCUCCUUUACACAGUGAGUCCACAGUCAGUCCCACCAUCACUGAAUCUGUACAACAACAUGACCUGGACAUUAGUCAGAGCUCUGUAUGCAAAACUACGGGCCGAGAAGAUCCAGUGAUAAGGCCUUCCACUUCUUCUUCUUCUUCUGGCUCUUUGCUCCUGUGCCUCCCAGAGCGCACAGAGCAGAAGAGGUUGUCGUGGAUGAAGGACUGCAUCCCCUGGUCCAAACUCUCCCUCCAGAACAGGAGGAAGCAGAGAGGAUGUGUCCGAAGUUGGAGAGGGCCGAGGAGGGUCGCUGAGGCCGGCAGCCUGCCACCGCUCAGCCCAGAUACUCUGCUUCAGUCCACAGGCUGGAAAUCCCUGAAAGAGGUGACCACAGUGACUCUGGAGGACUUGCUUGGCUGUAGCUUAUCCACUCUCGCCCAGUGUCGUCAACUUCGGUCCCUCACCCUCAGACGCUGCGGACUCAAAGCCCUGGAAGGCAUCAAUCAGUUACCAGAGCUCUGCUACAUUGAUGUACAGGAAAACGACAUCUCUUUUGUGGACUGUGAAAAUAUGACCAGUUUACGAGUCCUUCGACUUGGCCACAACACGCUGAUGUCCAUUCAUGGUUUGAGUGGUGCUGACAAUCUGGCCGUUCUAGACCUCUCACACAACUCCAUCACCCGCAUCGCUGGUCUGGAGUCUCUGAGGAGACUGCAGAGGUUGUCAGUGGAUCACAACCAGCUGAUCAGCACUAAAGGGUUGAGGGACGUAUACACACUCCUCCACCUGGACUGCUCACACAACCACCUGGUAAAUGUGGAGGGUCUGGAGAACAGUGCUCUGCUCAACACACUGGACCUGACAGCCAACAGCCUUGCUGAGCCCCCUAGUCUGAACAACCAGGUCCUCCUCAGAGAGCUACAUCUGGAUGACAACAGCAUCUCCUCCCUGCAGGGCCUCACUGCCUGCUGGCUUCCCCUCAUGCAAAUCCUCUCUGUGGCCCAAAACAGAAUUACCCAGCUGCCCUCCAUGUCUGAUUUUGUGUCCCUUGCAAGCAUUGAUCUUCGAUUCAACUGCCUAUCAGAGCUGAAGAACGUGUGUGAGAGCUUGGAGGGAUGUCAAUUCCUGCAAGAGGUCCAUCUCGUGGGGAAUCCUCUUGAGCAGGAGAGUGGCUGGAGAUCCGCUAUGCAAAAAGCAGUGCCUGGCCUGAGGGCCAUUGAUGGCCAGGAGACAGACUCCUUUCUAUCACCCCUUGCUGUUCAACAGGUCAGCUUGGCCUCAGGCAGCUUCCUAACGUUCUGUCAGGCUCAGCUUCAGCAGACCCGUGAUUUACAGCGGCAGCACAACGAAGAGCUCAGCAAUGCCUCGUUCUCCCUGGAUUCUGUAAAGACCUGCUGCCGACACUUCACAGAGGCUUUGCAGCUGGCUGAGGACCAGCGAUUUGCCCAUGAGUACGGUGACACUACUGCUGCUGACAAACAAAGAGGUUCAGGCCAAACAACACCUGACGAAGCACUUGAUGAGGAAAGCAGCAGUGCUGGAAAGCUUAAUGAGCGACCUGGAAUGGAGUUCACUGGAAAAGUCUCACCACUAAUUCCAAGGGAGGACAGUAUCAGAAGCAGCUACCGGACUUUUGAGGAGAACUUAGCCACAGACAGUUGGCAUGGCGCAUUAGACACUGUCACAGCUGGGCCAGAGAUGAAGUCAGCAGUUUUCAAAGUUAACUCUGGCAGUUUUCAUUCCUUUACAACAAAGAGAGAAAUGACGUCCGCCAGUCUCAAAAAGGCAGCUGUGUCCAACCAUCAAGACCUGGACCUCAAAAACACAGCAGCAGUUGUGAUUCAGCAGCAGUGGAGGAAAUACAGACAGAAAUGUGGGAACAUCAUCAGCCCCCCCACAGCUGAAAAGGGAGGAGGAAAAGGAGGAGAUGGUGGAACGCCAGAGUCAAGACCUUCCUGUAUUAAGUGGAACGUUGUUGGUCAAGAUCAUGCAGCGACUGUCAUCCAGGCGUUCUGGAGGGGCUUUACUUUGAGGAGGAGGCUCACAUCUGCUCUUGCUGCUGUCACAUGCCCACACACCAGAGAGGAUGACACCUUUGAGGAGGUAGACAUAGAUGAAUUUGUCUUUGAUGAGGCAGCACUGGAGAAAGACUGGACAUUGCCGCUGUCUGAGGACUCACCUCCCAGAUGUGACCAUGUGUCAGAACAGUCUCAGAAGCCUCUUGGGCCCUUUCCUGAACCCUCCCAGUACAAACUCCCACCACCACCUAUAUGGAGGCCUAAACAGGCCUGGAUGGCCGGGGACCAGGUAGACUCUGCUGGGCAGAGAGUUUCCCCAGAGAGUUUUGAUAGAAGCAAAUCCCCUGCUUCAACCUCUGUGCUCAGCGGUGUCUCCAAAAGAUCAGAAAAGAUUCUUGAAGAAUGGGGCUUCACUGAUAGCCACACAGCUCUUUUGAUGCUCAAGAGAGCUGAGAAGAUGAAGUCGAAGAAGCAACAGCAGAAGAAACAUUUGGAUCCCUCCAUCCGUCUAGCCUUAUUUAGAAACUGCACUUACCAGCUGGAUCCAGUGGAGGCACAAAACAGGCGCGCACCACGCAACAGAAACUAUAUUAAAGUUCGUGAGGUUGAGCUGGGCCUUCAGCAAGCAGAGAAGACAGAGCAAGUGAAGGAGGAGUGGAUGCGUACCCAGGCUGCUCAGUCUGACAGGGACUCAGAGAGUGAGCAUUUCUUACCAGAGAUCAGCUCAGACAUUCUGAAUGGAGGCAGAGUGCAGCUUGUGGCUGAACCAGGAUACACAGAACUUCUACAUCACGCCAGUGGAUUGUGGGCCAACAGCAGUUUAGCUGCCCGGCCUUGCAAAGAGAACAAUUAUCCUCGCAGAAACUCCUUGGGUCAUGCAAAAAAAGAGGUUCCGUCUCCUAAACGCGUUACGUCUGCUCCUCCAUCGAAAAAGGAACGCAUCUCCUUUCGAGACCACCCUGUCCAGUUGAGUGGCGGCUGGGGAGGGGGAAAGAAGAGGGACAAAGUGCACAAGUAAAACACAAACUCUACUGUACAGCCAAGACACCGUUCCUCCUGACCCUGCACUUGCUAAAGCAGCAUAAGGCAGACACAGUUGUGGUGUUUUUUAAAAAUUUUUUUUCAUUACCUUUUUGCCCCUGAUAAGAAUACGAUAUCUAUGCAUCUAUUUUGGUCCAACACAUGUUCCUGUUACCUUUGGAUGCAACAUAAUGCUCACAACAAUCUCUAUCGUGCAAUUUAGGAAAUAGCAGAAAUCAAAACAGCACAAAUGUGAUGUCCUAAGUUAAUCUUCUUUGUUAGUUAUAAUGCUAUUUUAUCGCCCGUGUGGAAUGCCCCCUGCAGCUGUUCUUUUUAAACAGAGCUGAAAACUUGGGCUCCCUUUCCUGAAAAUUAAUCAAGAGCAAUAGGACCUGGACCAGCCCAAAUAUCUUCAGGCGGUUCCAUGAUGUUCAUUCUGCUCAAGUAUCACUGCCUGAACGCAGUCGCAGCCAACCAGCACCAAAACACAUGGAACAAAGACACAAACCUUUAGCAAAUGACACGCUUCAUAUGCAAAUGAUGGCAGGAAAUAAGAACCAGGACCUUUGAUACUCGUGUUUCUUAGGAUGUUGAACUUCUGUUAUUGCACUUUUUUGAUAAAAAUAUAGGGAUUAUAGUUUGUAAAUAUCACAACGGGCUUGCUUUUUCCACCUCUCCUGUGCUCUCUUAGGAGUAAACUUUAAUCAAGCCCAGAAAUUUAAGUGCAAUUUUCUCAUUCUGUGGAUAUAUUUAGCCCUCGCUAGCCAACAGUGGACUCGAAAUUACUGCCUUUAUGAGCCGAGCACAAACAUUGGUGUUAGAAUUAGAAAGAUGUUUUCUUUAUUUUCAGUCGUGGAUUAUAAUGGCCUUGUCUGUGUAUUUGAAUUUGGAGAGCCGAAGCGUCCGUCCACAAACACUGUCCUACCGGAGGUGGUGAACCUCAGGCUUGGAGGUUCCUAGCUGGUCCGCCGCCUGGAAAUGAUAACUUAAUGAAUGUCAAAACAAAUAGUCAGAGCUGGAGAGUGGCUCCCUGGCAGGAAAUGCAUGUCGUCUAUUUAUUUUCCUUCUAUCUUUCACUUACACAUGUCUGGAGGAUGUGUUAUGACUGUACACGGGCUGAUGGGGAUUUUUGUCUUGGAGAGCAGCGUAUGCCAGAGAUCUGGUGGUCCUGCCCACUCGGGGGCUGUUGUGAAACCCAAGAGCACUGCCCUCCUUCAGGGGGUAAACUUAUUUUUCAAGCCUCCUGGGGGGACACCGAGGGGGCGUUUCUCUGUCAUCGCACUGUCAUGAUACAGCUGUGGUGCUGGACAAGUCGGAUUUCUAUUACAACAUUAUAAUAGACGUGACCUAAAAGGAAAAUAUAUGCACAUUCUGUCACUAGUGUCGUCUUAUUUGACACAAGUACUGUUUCAUCCAGGCAAAGUUGUAGGGCUCUUCACUACUAUAAUUAUAUUGUUAAACUAUCGUCCACCAGACUUCAUUAGAUUUGUUUACUUUUAGGUUAUGGCUAAAUUAUAUGUAACUUAAGACAUUCAAAAUCCAUUGCCUGGUGAAAUGAGUGCUCCACCACACAUUAAGAUAAGAUGAAGAAUGUCCCUCUCAGCUCAGACUGCCCUGCCAGCCUGACCUCAAGUCAGCAAACGUUGUCUGGCAGAGAAAAGGUUUUGUAUCCGAAUCGCUCCAAGCGCUUCCUAUAAGUGCAUUAAAAGGAGCAGAACAGUCUAGUUCACUAAACAUUAUACACUGUGCAUGUCUAGUGACUAUUUUUGAACGCAUGCUAUACAGUUUUAGAUUUUCAGAUGUAUCUUUCUUACAGUCAGUCAUUGCUUUCCAUUUAUUUCAAGUAGCAGACGACUUCUUCUUCUUCAAACAUCAAGUCGGCAUUGAUUAUUGUCAUCAGUGCAUCACUGUGUGGUAAUGCAGUUUAAGUGCAUAUUUAAAAAAAAAAAAGCACUGCAUUGGCUCACAACAGUUAUGUUAUUUUGACAGAAUAUAUUGUGAUUCAAGCAGCUUCAAUAGUGUGCUGAUUCAUUUUCACAUUGUACGGAAAUGAAUGGGAACCAAUGGCUGCCUGGAAUGAUACAAAAAGCACAAUAACAUUUCUUGAACUCAACAGCAUGACUUGCAAAAUGCUCAGCUGCAACGUAAUGUGUAAGCGAUUUGUUGUUAAAAUCGGAUAAAACAACACCGUGCCCGAAUUUCUCUUGGUUACACUUGUGCAAAAACAACAACAACAAAAAAAAAAAAAAAGAAAUAGUGAGGAGGACAGUGCAAGACGUAUACAACAGACAAUCUAAAGUACAUGUGUGUGCAAGCAGCAUGACAUACAAACUGAAAUUGUGGUUGUAGGAGGAGUAGUGCUGAUUUGAAGAUUUAGUAAUGUGCUGGUCCAGCAAAGAAGCAGUUAUAUUUAUUACUGGAGUGAAUAAUAAAUCAUAAGACUAAUAAAAUGAUUAGGAUUGUAGGGAAAGUCUGUAAAAUAACCUUAAUUUCAAAUUCCAUCAAAACUUAUUGAUAAAGAAAAAUGGAAAAUGGACAGAAGAGACGUUAUUUUCUUAUAUUCUUCUAAAUUUCUGUCUUUUGACAUAAUUGGCCAGCUUAUUUAGCCAAAGUAAAGAAAAGGGGAAUGCAUAUAAACUCUGAGGAAUGUGCAAGCUCUCUCAGAAAUAUGAACCAUAUUUAGGAAGAAAUUGGGAAUAAACUCACACAAGUAGAAACCCUUCUGCAUCGGUCCCUGGUAAAAGUCAAAGCUAAUUUAUCCCCUGAAUAGUAACUGUUGGCAUACAAUAUCACUUAGACAGUGAAAACAGCUCCGAUUCUCCUCUUUCUAAGAGUUGAGGGGAGUACUGAUGUUGCUUUUAGCUGGCUAUGAGAAGACAAUUUGGAAGUUAUUUUAAAAAUGUGUUAAAUAUGUUUAAAGUAGAACUAAAGCUUUUAAAUUCAGACGUUAGAGAGCUCGUUCCUCACAUAGGGAUAUGUGACAUUUAUAACAGAGAGUGUAUUCACAUGCUUAUAUGUGUAUACAGCUACUAAAAAUGAUAAAAAAUUAAAGUUACAUUAUAAAAUGUAUGUUUAUAUGCACACGCAUCUUUCUGAUAUAACUUUUUAGGUUAAUCCAUACUUUAUAAAGGGUUUUUGUAAUAAAGUCUGAUCAUAUGAUGCGAUUUCAUUCUGUUUUUUUUCUUGCAAUAUAUCUGAGAGAUGAGAUUAUGUGGAAGAAACUAUUGAGAGGAAUCACAUAGGUUGAUGACAUUAUUUCAGUACAUUGUUCAUCAGGAGGUAAAACACUUCCCGGUUCCUCGUUAAAGGGGUUUUUUGGGGAGUUUUUCCUUAUUUGAACUGAGGGUCUGAGGACAGAGGAUGCUGUAUUGCUGUACAGACUGUAAAGCCCCUCGAGGCAGAUUUAUGAUUUGUGAUAUUAGGCUGUAUAAAUAAAAAAAAUGACUGAAAUUGAAAAUGGACUGUUUGUCUAGUUGUUGUUAAAACGAUAACACUUAUUUUGCGACUAAUUAUAAAAUGAACUGUUUGCACAUCAUCUGUUGGUGACUCUGCACUGUUAAAGGUACUUCCUGUGUUUUAUUUGACUAAAUGUGCCUGUUAAAUAAAAAUUCAAAACAUUAAAUCC